ACAAGUGUCGAUCAGGUCGAAUGACGAGUUUUUGACUGCACAAGUUUUGUUCAGCCGCUCCACUACCUCAGUCCACUGGUCGUAUCCGCGAGGAACACCCGCUUUCAUUCACCGUACCUAUAACCUACUAACAACACCACACACCAUGUCUCUCCAGGAGCAAUUCGACAAGGCCGCCGCUGAUGUCAAGAAGCUGAAGGCUCUGCCCAGCGACACCGACCUCCUGGAGUUGUACGCCCUCUUCAAACAGGCUACCGUCGGGGACUCCGACCCUGCCAACAAACCCGGCCUCCUCGACCUGAAGGGUAAGGCCAAGUUCGAAGCGUGGACCAAGAAGAAAGGCACCUCCAAGGAGGACGCGCAGAAGGCUUACAUCGCCAAGGCCGAGAGCCUCGUCGCCUCCAUCGGUCUCCAGUAAAA